AUGUCUUCCAGUCGAACAACUAUAACGAAACGGGCCUGUGACGGAUGCAAGAUCCGCAAGAUCAAAUGUGGUGGUGGCAAUCCAUGCCGGGCUUGUAACAAUGCGCGCAUCAAAUGCACUUACCUUCGGAUCCAACACCCUCGGGGGCCGCAGCGACUGCGUUCGACUACGAAAUAUUUGAUUGAACAGACACAGCGCGGAAUCGAGGCGCAAUCCACAGAGCCAUUCAGUGAGGAGGCGGUUGAUGCAGAUGACACACAUCCAGAUCUGGAACAGACUCAUGUCAUGAGCGCACCAAGGUCGCGGAUCCCGACGAAUAUCAUUGCCUCGCCGCUUUACAUUUACCACGUUCGCAUGUACCCCGUUUGGCCGGUUGUCGAUGUCGAAGAUGUGAUAUCCACUCUACAAAACCCCCAAGACCCAUCUUCAGACGCCUAUGCUUUAGCUACAUCGGUCGCGGCUGCGACAAUUGCCCAGCUAAGACUCGAACAAAGUCCCCAGACCAAUCAAUCAGUUACCGCCGAUACUUUUGUGUUGGAGUGUCUGAAAGUUCGAGAUUCAAGCAACUAUCGGUCCAAAGCGAGCCUUGAUAAUGUGCGGACUGCGUUCUUUCUCCAUGUCUACUACGAGAACCAACAUCCGGGUGGCAGUGAAUCUUUACUCUACUUGAGGGAGGCUAUCUCGCUUGCUCAGAUGAUGUCCCUCCAUCGCGAAGCCUCCUAUUCAGGAUUAUCUCCUGAGGAGCAGCAGAUUCGGCGACGUGUGUUGUGGUUACUUUUCGUGACUGAGAGAGGCGUCUGUAUCCUGCACAAGCUUCCUGUAGUGCUUAAAACCAAUAUCUCGACGCCCGAAUUAGAUUCCAACGACGAACCCCAGGUCUUGCCCGCAUUUUUGAAGCUCCUCAAUCUAUUUCGGCUUUUCGAACAGUCGAAGAUGUUUGACAUCAUCGAGGAUGAGAGUCCCGAUCUGCAAUCCAUUGCUGAGGGUGACAAAAGCUUGGAUACAAGAUUUUUCGAGUUCCUCGAGGGCAAAUUGCAAGAUGGGUCUGUUCUUUUAGACCAGAUCUCGGAUGUACAGAAAGCCGACCUAUGCGUCACCAGACACUGGAUGAGAAUGAUUUUGUGGAAGGUAUCUUCAAAGAAGUCUCCUAUUUCGCCAUCCUCCAACGCAUCUUCAAGUUCAUCCUUUCCAGUAAUGGUGGCCAAAGAGCUCUUGAACAUCGUCUCUCAACUACCCAGAACAGCGAUAGAAGCCCACGGUCUUGGCAUGGAGUUGAAACUUUACGAGAUCGCAAACUCUCUUGCAGACGCCGUAAUGAAUAUGGCAAUGCUCCCAAAGGCGCCUAGCUGGGACGGCGAAAGCCGCCCAAGCAGCAUCCUAGCUCGAUUGCACUCCAUCUUGUCCACCUUCCGAGGGGGUGGAAAUAAAGAACUAGCUGAAAUACUGUACAAGAAAAUGGCCGAAGCACAAAUUAGAAGCGGGCCUACUUUAUCGCAGUCAAUUAAAGCACCACAUACCCCAGCCCUAGGUAGACCCCCAAGCGGGCCUAAUAAAAAUGGUUCCACGGAAGAGGGGCCAGCAGAUAAAGAAGCUUCUGGGCCACUCUCCACUGCUCCGGAGCGCCAUAGCAACAGCGUCUCCUUGACCAACUGGGGCAACGACCUGCCGACUAUUGGCUAUACAGACCAGUUUCAAAACAGCGCUAAUAUAGCGGAGAAUGCACAAGCAGACGGAUACAGCAGUCAUCCAUUCUCAGCAUCGAACAAGGACAUGAUCUCCUCGAGCUUUACCGGAACAGGCCUCACUCCACCUUCUUUCUUCCCUGCAUAUUCUUACGACCCAGGCUACGCCGUUCUAUCUACGACGCAAGCUCCACCGGUCUCGGAUGAUGCCUGGAACAUCUUCUCCGGGAUCUCUUCACUAUCACCCCCACUAACUUCUGGGCCAAUGGAGAUGCUGAUUGGCGAUUUCAUAUCGCAAAUUCCAGACCAGUAUCAAUUCGAAAGUUUCAUGCCCACCAGUGACGAUGUGGUUGACCAGAAUAUAGCGAGCCCGGGCUUUCUCAUAUGAGCCUCCCUGGCUGCUUCAAACUCGCUUACGAUAUGAUGAAUGGAGUCAAGAAUGCUUUCUUAAACGAUGUCAUAACUGAUAUACCCAUGUAAAUACCCAUUGUCUCCCAUUCAACAAAUACCAUUAUUAGUAUAUAUAACCAUUUCAUAACCAAAUAGUACAAAACACGAAAGCUAGAAAUUCCUCGACUCUGACACAGCGCGUCGAAUCAAUACUUGAAACGGAAAUCCAAUCUCUUGUUCCCGUCUUUCUCUCGCUCCGUCUGAUCAGCUUGAUAAAUGAUCUUUUCCUCAGAAGACAUGGCUUUCCAUUUCUUGUCUUUCUGUCUGUUCAGAUACC